AAAAGGGAUGAAGAGACAUGCAGGCAGUUCCACUGAGAAGCAGAAAGGAGGACGCUUUCAUAGGAAUCUCUAUAAACAGACACAGACAUGCCCGAGCCUCAGAAGCCAGAAGCCAAGGGCGAUGACGCUGCAGCAGCCCCUGCUGACAAGGAGACUCCACCAGGAGAGGGUCCUCAGAUGUCUGAGAUGACUGGACUCUUCGUGUUGAAGCCGGAGAGUGUCACAGCUACAAAAGGGAAGGACAUCACGUUUGUAGCUAAAGUGGACUCUUCAAACCUGACUAGGAAGCCGGCCAUGAAGUGGCUGAAAGGGAAGUGGCUUGACCUGGCUAGUAAAGCUGGAAAGCACCUGCAGUUUAAAGAGUCUUAUGACAGGAACACCAAGAUCUACACUUACGAGAUGAGCAUCAUCAAAGUAGUAGAUGGAGACGCAGGUGGCUACCGAUGCGAGGUCACCUCCAAAGACAAGUGCGACAGCUGCACAUUUGAAGUCUCCGUGCAGGCUGUACAAGAGGACCAGCAGGACAACAUCUUGGAAGCUUUUAAGCGAUCUGGAGAUGCAGGGGAGGAUGCUGGUGACCUGGACUUCAGUGCACUGCUCAAGAAAAGAAAGGAGAAGAAAGCAGAAGGGCCAAAAGAGGAGGUGGAUGUAUGGGAAAUAUUAAAGGCUGCCAAGCCCUGCGACUACGAGAAGAUUGCCUUUCAGUAUGGUAUCACAGACCUGAGGGGCAUGCUGAAGAGACUGAAGAAGAUGAAGGCGGAGGAGAAGAAGAGUGAGGCUUUCCUGAUGAAGUUGGAUCCAGCCUACUCAGUGGACAAGGGCAAAAAGAUCCAGCUCACAGUGGAAGUGGCUGACCCCAACACUCCUAUCAAGUGGCUUAAAAAUGGACAGGAAAUCAAACCGUCUGCCAAGUAUGUGUUUGAGAGCGUGGGCAACAAGCGGUCACUCACUAUCAACAAGUGCAACCUGUCGGAUGACGCAGCAUACGAGUGCGUGGUUGGGGAGGAGAAGUGCUUCACUGAGGUUUUUGUCAAAGAGCCUCCAGUCACCAUCACCAAACUGCUGGAUGAUGUUCUUACUGUGGUGGGUGAGAAGGUGGAGUUUGAAGUGGAGGUGUCUGAGGAAGGAGCCAGCGUCAAAUGGAUGAAAGAUGGAGUUGAGCUGAAUAGAGAAACAGCAGGUUCAAAGUAUAGGUUCAAAAAGGAUGGAAAGAGGCACGUUUUGAUCAUAAAUGAAGCAACUAAAGAGGAUAUUGGAAUGUACUACGCCUUUACCAACGGGGGAGAGUCAAAGGCAGAAUUGGAGGUUGAAGAUAAGGAGCUGGAGGUUCUGCAGAGCAUUGCUGAUCUGACGGUGAAGGCAGCUGAACAGGCUGUAUUCAAGUGUGAGGUUUCUGAUGAAAAAGUGACAGGAAAAUGGUUUAAGGACGACGUUGAAGUCCAAGCCAGCGAUCGCAUCAAAAUGACGCACAUUGGAAGGACCCAUAAGCUGACGAUUGAUGACGUAAAGCCUUCAGACGCAGGAGAUUAUACCUUUGUCCCGGAUGGCUAUGCAAUUUCUCUUUCUGCCAAACUCAACUUCCUGGAAAUAAAGAUUGAAUAUGUUCCCAGACAAGAUCCUCCCAAAAUCCACCUGGACACCGGCACUGGCAGCAAGAACACCAUCACCGUGGUGGCAGGAAACAAACUUCGACUUGACGUUGAGAUCACAGGAGAGCCGGCCCCGGUUGUCUGCUGGAUGAAAGGAGACGAAGUGGUGUCUGAGCUUGAGGGACGAGUCCGUCUGGAGACGAGGAAGACCCUGAGCAGCUUCGUGAUAGAGGGGGCAGAGAAAGUAGAUGAGGGCUACUACACUAUCACCGUGACUAACCCUGCUGGCGAGGACAAGGCUGAACUUUUUGUCAAGAUUGUGGAUGUGCCAAACCCUCCCGAGAAUGUCAAAUGCGCAUCAGUUGGCGAGGACUCUGCUGUGAUCACAUGGGACCCUCCUUCAUUUGACGGUGGAGUUCCCGUUAAAGGAUAUCUGAUGGAGAGGAAGAAGACUGGCUCAUCCAGAUGGACAAAGCUAAACUUUGAUGUUUAUGAGUCCACCACAUAUGAAGCUAAGAAGAUGAUUGAAGGCGUGCUUUAUGAAAUGAGAGUGUAUGCGGUCAACGGCAUCGGCAUCUCUCAGCCCACUGCAAACUCCAAGCCCUUCAUGCCCAUUGCCCCCACCAGCGAGCCCACUCGUCUCAUGGUGGAAGAUGUGACAGACACUACCUGUGCACUCAAGUGGCGACCUCCGGAGAAAAUUGGAGCAGGCGGCAUCGAUGGUUACAUCAUUGAGUACUGCGUAGAAGAAAGUGACCAGUGGGUGCGAGCUAAUGAGGAACUAGUGACAAAGAACCAGUACAGGGUUAAGGGUCUUCCAGCUGGGGAGAAGAUGCUGUUCAGAGUUGCAGCUGUUAACAUCGCUGGACAAAGCCCCCAUGCCACUCUUUCUCAGGCCGUCACUAUCAGAGAGAUAACUGAGAAUCCAAAGAUCCGCCUUCCUCGUAAUCUGAGAUCUAAACUCAUCAAACUUGUGGGCGAGAAGGUGAACUUGGUGAUUCCAUUCCAGGGAAAGCCUCGUCCUGUGGUGACCUGGUAUAAGGAUGAUGUUCUCCUCGAGGACAAAAGUGUGGGAACUCGUACCAGUGAGGUGGACACCAUCCUCUUCAUUCGCUCUGCAGAAAGAACACACUCUGGAAAAUACACUCUGACUGUUCAGAUCGAGAACAUGUCCGACAGUGCUGACUUAGACAUCCAGAUUGUAGAAAAGCCCGGGCCGCCCAUUGCUGUGCAUGUCACAGAUGUCUGGGGCUUCAACGCUGCACUGGAGUGGAAGCCACCCAAAGAUGAUGGGAACUGUGAGAUUAUCGGCUACACCGUUCAGAAAUCUGACAAGAAGACUAAGGAGUGGUUCACGGUGUAUGAGCACAACCACAGGCCCAGCUGCACUGUGUCCGACCUGGUCAUGGGGAACGAGUAUUUCUUUCGAGUGUUCAGCGAAAACAUCUGCGGCCUCAGCGACGAUCCUGGCAUUAGCAAGAACACCGCUGUCAUUACCAAAACAGGCCUGAUUCAUAACCGCUCACCUUACAAAGAGAAGGAUAUGAGCAGCUCCCCGAAAUUCACUGCUCCCCUGGUGGACAGAAGUGUGAUUGCAGGUUACACCACCGCUAUCAGCUGUGCCGUUCGUGGCAACCCGAAGCCAAAGAUCAUUUGGAUGAAGAACAAUAUAAUGAUUGAAGGUGACCCCAAGUUCCUGAUGCAGAACAACCAGGGUGUGUUGACUCUGAAUAUCCGCAAGCCUAGCCUGUUUGAUGGGGGGAAGUACACCUGCAAGGCUGUCAACGAACUUGGGGAAGACGAGGUGGAGUGCAAGCUGGUGGUUCGAGUGCUACAGGAGAAAGGAGAGGAAGCGAAGAAAUGAGCAACAGCACGAAACAGCAGACGAUGCAGCUGAACAGGAAUUGUAAUGGAUUAUGUAUAACGGGAUAGUCAUGAAUAAAUAUGAUUAGAAUAGAUCACUGGUGAGGCUCUAAAGCCACCCCCUUCCUCCUUCCCUCCAUAUAUUCUUGUCUUUCAUUGUUGCUAUGACAAAUGCCACACCAGGAAUAUGCCAUAAUUUUUUUCCAGCAAGCUGCCACCUUGUCACAUCCUUACUGAGAGAAGCCACACAAGUGGUGUAGUAGUACUCCCCUGCUGUGACCACACACAGAUGGAUCCUUCUUAUCUGUGAAGUGGACUUGUCACUGAACACACUUAUAAAACAGCCU